AUGGCGCCUACAUCAACAUCGCCGUCGACAACUGCGUCCAUAUCAACAGCCCCGUUAACAUCAACACCAAUCACAACAACAAAGCAUUCAACAACGCCAAUCACAAUAACGUCAACAACACGAACAGCCACCUCGCAGAUGCUUACUUCACCGACAGCAACUGCGUCAACGAAACCGACACAUUCACAUACAACUUCAACAUUUCCAUCAUCAACAACUCUGAGUUAUACGCAGAAGUGCCACGCGGCUGGAUAUCGCCUGCUGUCCACGGGCGACACCCACUUGUGCAUGCACCUCAAACACAGCAAACACUCAUGGAGCAACGCAGAGAAAGUUUGUGAACGAGACCAUGCGCGGCUUGUCGUCCUCGACACGCACGAGAAAGUGGAAGCUUUGAGACACACUCUAGACGGCAAUGACUACUGGAUUGGCGCAACAGAUGAUGACCACGACGACAAUUUCUCCUGGGUAAAUGGCGAGCCAAUCAGCGCCACUUUCUGGCUGUGGGGACAUGGAGAGCCGGACCGACAUCACGACUUUUGUGUCAUUCUGAAUGGCCAUGACCAUAAGAUGCACGAUAAAGGUUGUGCAGACAGUCACAUGUCGGUUUGUGAAAUACCUUUAUGA